AGAAUUGGGUGGUCGAAGGUAGGCGCGACUGUAUAAAAUCAAAGGGGGCUAUCGAAAUGGUAUCACACGAGACAACGCUCUCUUUACGUUUCCGAUCAUCGCUAACCCGUUCGAUAAACCCAGAAGACACAAUGGUGCAUCUAUCCAGCGUUGCAAUUCUUGCAAUUACGUGCUGUUGUUUGGUGAUGUUCAUCAAAGCCGAAGACGACAGCUCGUUGUCGGAACAGAGUCAAUCAACGCUGUUAAAUUACGAUGCUGGUGAAAUAAGGGGAAGCGAUGAAGGGGAUGCAACAGCCCCUUUAAACAGGCAAAAAAGAACGCUUUUCUUGAAAAAGAAAUUGAUCGGUGCUGGUCUUCUAGGAUUCGGUUUGGGUAUCGCGAAAGGGUACAAAGCAGGAUAUUAUUCGGCACCGGAAGUACGCCACGUGUAUCUGUCGCCACCCCCGGCGUCCACGAAAUACGUUGAAUACGUUGAGAAGCCUGUUUAUAUUGAAAGAAUAAUCGAAAGGCCUGCUCCAGUUUAUAAACCCGUACAUGUUGAAUACAGAGAGUCUUCUCCUUAUGGGUGAGCAUCGUUUAUCAUGGAC